UUACAUCAUCCUCCCGUUGACAUUUCACGCUGUUACUCUUAUUCAAUAACACUUGUUGGUGCAAUACGAUGAAGUUCACGAGUGGAGUUUGAACGAAAAGCGUCGUGUUUUGGACUGAAAGGUUGGGCCCGCGGUACGGGGAGGAUGUCUCAGUUGCUGAGGCUUCUCUCGGCGGCCGCCCUGCCUCUCUGCCGGGCUGGAGGAGCCCGGGCGCGGCUCUCAGCGGUGACGGCAGGACGUCUCCUCACAGCCGGAUUCCGAAGCUCCGCUGCCUCGAGCUAUUGUCGGACUCCAACAAACUUCCUGUCCUGUCGCAGAUUCCAGUCAGUUCAGCGACGACUGUACUCCACUGAACCCAAAGAUGGAAAGGGUGGAGCAGGAGGAGCAGGAGGAGGAAGAUCAUCAGGUGGAGGGAAGAGAGGAGGAAAAGACUGGUGGAGCCGAAUGCAAAAGGGUGACUUCCCCUGGGACGAGAAGGACUUCAGGUACUUGGCGGUCACUGUGGCUGGAGUCAGUUCAGUUCUGCUGUAUUUAUACUUCAGAGACAACGGCAGAGAGAUCAGCUGGAAGGACUUCGUCCACCGCUACGUGGCCAGGGGAAUGGUGGAGCGCUUAGAGGUCGUCAACAAACAGUAUGUCAGAGUCAUCCUGGUGCCGGGAGCUGACCCUGAUGCGAGCUACGUCUGGUUCAACAUCGGCAGCGUCGACACGUUUGAGAGGAAUCUGGAGGCGGCGCACACGGAGCUCGGCCUGGAGCCGUCACACAGACUUGCUGUCAUCUACAGCACAGAGAGUGAUGGCUCCUUCCUGAUGAGCAUGAUACCCACCCUGCUGCUGAUUGGCUUCCUGCUCUUCACCCUGCGGCGAGGACCAAUGGGAGGAGGCCCUGGCGGCGGGAGGGGCGGGCCCUUCAGUAUGAGUGAGUCCACGGCGAAGAUGAUGAAGGACAACAUUGAGGUGAAGUUCAAGGACGUGGCUGGCUGCGAGGAGGCCAAGCUGGAGAUCCUGGAGUUCGUCAACUUCCUGAAGAACCCACAGCAGUACCAGGACCUCGGGGCCAAGAUCCCAAAGGGUGCUGUGCUGUCCGGACCUCCUGGGACAGGGAAGACUCUGCUGGCUAAAGCCACAGCCGGAGAGGCCAACGUCCCCUUCAUCACCGUCAACGGCUCCGAGUUCCUGGAGAUGUUUGUGGGCGUCGGUCCCGCCAGGGUGAGGGACAUGUUCUCCAUGGCGAGGAAGAACGCCCCCUGCAUCCUCUUCAUCGAUGAGAUCGACGCUGUGGGGAGGAAGAGGGGAGGGGGGAACUUUGGUGGUCAGAGUGAACAGGAGAACACGUUGAACCAGCUGCUGGUGGAGAUGGAUGGUUUCAACACGGCAACUAACGUGGUGGUCCUGGCUGGAACCAACAGACCCGACAUCCUGGAUCCUGCUCUGAUGAGACCGGGACGCUUUGACAGACAGAUCUACAUAGGUCCUCCGGACAUCAAGGGCAGAGCGUCCAUCUUUAAAGUCCACCUGCGACCAAUCAAACUGGACCCCAACAUGGACAAAGACGUUCUGGCCAGGAAGAUGGCCGCUGCCACACCAGGAUUCACUGGAGCUGACAUCGCUAAUGUCUGCAACGAGGCGGCACUGAUCGCUGCUCGACAUCUGAACGAGUCCGUCAACGCCAAACACUUUGAACAGGCCAUCGACCGGGUCAUCGGAGGUCUGGAGAAGAAGACUCAGGUCCUGCAGCCCACAGAGAAGAAGACUGUAGCCUAUCACGAAGCGGGUCACGCCAUCGUGGGCUGGUUCCUGCAGCACGCCGACCCGCUGCUGAAGGUGUCGAUCAUCCCGCGGGGGAAGGGUCUGGGUUACGCCCAGUACCUGCCCAGAGAGCAGUACCUGUACAGCAGAGAGCAGCUGUUUGACAGGAUGUGUAUGAUGCUCGGAGGCCGCGUGGCUGAGCAGGUCUUCUUUGGCAAGAUCACCACCGGAGCUCAGGACGACCUGAAGAAGGUCACGCAGUCCGCCUACGCUCAGGUGGUGCAGUUUGGGAUGAGUGAGAAGGUGGGACAGGUGUCGUUCGACCUGCCCCGGCAGGGUGAGAUGGUCAUGGAGAAGCCGUACAGCGAGGCCACGGCAGAGCUCAUCGACGAGGAGGUCAGGGAGCUGGUGGAGCGAGCGUACGAGAGAACGUUGGCGCUCAUCGAGGAAAAGAAGGAACUGGUGGAGAUGGUGGGGAAGCGUCUCCUGGAUAAGGAGGUCCUGGACAAGGCGGACAUGUUGGAGCUGCUGGGCCCGCGGCCUUUCGAGGAGAAGUCUACGUACGAGGAGUUUGUGGAGGGGACAGGAAGCUUUGAGGAGGACACGAGUCUGCCAGAGGGGCUCAAAGACUGGAACCAGGAGAGAGGAGGGGAGGCGGAGGAGACGAGCCCGACUCAGGACAGACAGCAGGCCGUGUAGAGCCGCAAGACUCAGAUAAGACAAACAAAUGCUUCACAUGCCAGCCGCAAAAAAACCCAACAACCAACUCGACGCUGCCUCAGUUUCACAGACUGGGAGGAAAAAUGAUUCCCACAGAUUAGUGAUCCAUGCCGUCAAUUGACUUUAUUUCCCUCAGGUUAAUAAUUAAGACACUUAAAUGACUGAAUCCAUCACAGCAGAUUCCAUUUCAUCUAGUCUGUCCUCUCAACUCUCACCAUAGACUGCACUGAUUUAGAUUUUAAUUUGCACAGACGUGGAUAUAUCUCAGUUUUGUCUGUUAAAAUUUUCUGGAUCUUUUCUGUUUCUGAACAAAAGGUGGCAAAUACAUUAUUCAAGAGCACAAAGUAUUAUUUCAAGGACACAAAUGAAGUCAUUAAAGCGUAUGAAUUACUAAUCUGAGGGAGUGAUGGUCAGAAAUGUUCCUCCCGAGAUCCACCAGGCUCCGCACAACCUACAUGUGGACUGUAGUUUCACUGAGGCUGCCAUCAGUUUGUGUUUUCACUGUUCGGACAGGAAGUUGCUCCAAACUGCCUUAACACUGAUCAAACUGACUGUUUGAAAUAUUCCCCAGCAGAGUGUGAAUGAGGCACAUUUACAGCGUGUGAACAGACUGACUUUUCUUUUUAUUUAUUGUAUAAAAAGGGAGUUUCGCUCCCCGACUAACGAGGAAGAGACGGCUUGAAGAACUUUUCCUGCAGCUAAAUUUAAAACAUUUUUACUGGUUUAAAUAUUUUUGAGAAUUGAUGUGAAGUUAUUUUUGUUUCCUGCCAUUUUUACAUUUCAUUGAAGUUUUCUUUGAUUAACUGGCAGCACUGACACGUUUCACCCUGUGCAGUAGAGGUGGGAAUCUCCAGAGGACCCACGAUACGAUAUUAUUGCGACAUGCUGAGUGUUGCGAUACAAUAAAUUCUGAUAUAUUGCAAUUUUUUCCAACUGCAAUUUUUUUUCUCCCAAAGAAACACUUAACUUUAUUUUAUGAGGUAAAAGUUUUCAGUCUGUUCAUCGACUUUAAUCAUUUUUGUAGCAGCUCAAUGUGACACAGAGCAGACGACCGACCAACACUGUGAUAACACCUGUCAGAAAUACUGCAGUCACCUGACAGACUGAACUGUGGGCAGAUUUAACGCCCUCUGAGAGGCCAGAUUAAGCAGGUAUGUGACAGACCUCACAUGCAGGUGUCCCGCUAACUGAAUGGCAGCAGCCAUGUUAGAAGUGUUGUCUGUUACAUUGUUGUGCGGCAGGUCUGCUGUUUGCUCCGCUGUGACUUUAGUGAGUCAUGAUUCCUCAGCUCUAUGCGUCACGUCUCUGUAGAGAGACAGAGAGGUAUGGCUGUAUUGGUGAAAAACGUGGGGGCGGAGUCACAUACCUGUGUUCACGUGUUUUUAACAUGUAACAAAAGCCUUGGUUCUCAACAGCGCUGUAUGGACGCACAUCUUUACACAGGAAGUAGGUGAUGGACGUGUUAUUUUCUUCACUCUCUCACAGUUGAUGGUAGUUGUGUCGAGCUAAGCGUGUCCAGUGUUGGCUGAUUUUUCCGCAGAACAGGUUUAGCGUUAGUUUGGCCAUCAGCGGCUAACGCUAUCUCUGGAUGGUGGCGUGAGGUGAGCCCUCAUCUCAGUAGUAUUUUAUUCUUGCUUGCAAAUGGCAUGUGUCAUAUCCAAGUCCUCCUUUCCUUCUGCCUUAAAAAAUCCAAAACAAGUCCAGACGUUUGAUUUAAACGCCGGCGAUAAAUUUCUGAUUUCUUUCUCUGGUGAACUUCCUGUCUGAGACCUCUGCUGACCUCACCAGGAAAAAACAUCAGCACCAUCUAGUGGACUGAAAAAGCAACUGAUUUUUUUAUUCUAGUACGAAGUCGUAAGUUGUAUUAAAAUGUGUAUUGUAAAAAUCAAUAAUAUAUAUUGUGUAUCGAUAAAAUAUUGCGAUACCGUGCUGUUUGGAUUUCCCCACCUCUACUGUUCAGCUUUACUGAGUUUGUUUUAUACAAACAACUCGAUGCUGUAAAAAGAUGAUUGUAUGGAUUUUGUGUGAUAACGACUCGACAGGAAGCUGCUACAUCACCAGCAGCCCCACUGGCUGAUGGGACACAUUAAUAAUAUCAGAUAUUAAUAUUUGAGUAUUUCUGCUGAUUCAACUCCGGUUCAGACACUGAAACAAAAAGUCAUUUGUCUUCAUGACUUCCAGCUUCAUUUAUCUUUUCCACCUCAACACAGUUUCACAAACUGAGGCCUCAUUUAACCUUUUAGUGUUUGUAAUCACCAGCUCCCCUGAAGAGAGUAAAACCAAUUAAAUGAAUCUUUAUUAACAUUAGUAAGAGCCAAAAGACGCUACCCAUUCAGACACUAUUGUAAACACGUGAGAGACAUUCUGUUGUUUGGUGACAAAUUCCCUUUAUUACAGCUCAGUGUAUCUCCUUGAAUAAAAUAUAAAAUACAUCAACAUGUCCUCACACGUGACACUGAGCUACUGUGUCUUUAGUUGCUGAAACAACUUCAUCAAAAUGUAAAACAACACCUGUGUAACAGAAUGUAAGUUAUUUAAUGUUGAUUUAAAACAGUGAAAAUGAGUAAAACAAAAGGUCUGUGAUUCAAAUGUGGCUAUAACAGCUCGUCUGAGUCCAGGUCAAGUUUAAAGCCACUCUCUAAAAUUACAGACAUUUAAAGAUGCUGUUAAACCUUCAGGUAUGACACGCUGCUCCCACAUUAAAUGCAGCUGCACACUAAACUCUGCUUUCAUUAUUUUCAUCCACAGUUUAUGCAAACAUGUUAUUAGGGGCUGCAGCUAACGAUGUCGCCAAUUAAUCUGUAGAUUUCUUCUCAAUGAAUCGUUUGGUCUACAAAACAGUGUUUGAGAAAACGGUGAAAAAAAGCCUGUAAGAACAUCCCCGAGACAAAUGUGACUUUAUCAAAUGUCUUGUUUUGUCCAACCAACAUUUCCAAACCUUAAACUAUCAAAUUAACUAUAAAGUAAGACAAAGAAAAGCAGCAAACCCUCGCGUUUAAAAUGUCAACUUUGAAAUAAAGGAGCAGUGUGCCAGAUUUCGGGGGAUUUAGUGGCGUCUAGUGGUGAGGAUUGAAACCAACUAAACUCCCAGUUAGAAUUCCUUCAGUGUUCAUUGUUCAAGAGGUUUUUACCAGGAGCUGAAUUAUCCACAGAAGUCUCUUCUCUCCAAAACAAACAGAGCAGCUGAUUUUAACCAGUGAAGACAAUGAAUAAAACAGUUUCUCAAAAACAAGUAAAUUAGUUUUUAAAAAAAGGAAAGUGCUUAAAAAUUUAAAUAAUUCUGUAACAUCAUUUUAAAAUGUAAUAAUAAUAAUUAUAAAUAUGGUUUUUCCCUUUUUCUUUAAACAAUUUUCUAAAUCUAUUAUUUUUUGCAAUUUGUAGGACAUUUCCUACCAAGUUGCUCAUUGCCAUUUUCCCCAUGGUUUUGAAAAAAUAAAAUUGCACCAAUUUUCUGAGGUUUCAAAAGUUUAAAUUCUCGUGAAAGACGUCUGAAAGCAGCACAAGAAAAGUGACAUCGCUCCAGGUUUGAAAGAAAAAUGUUCUUCUUAUAUUUUGUCCCAUUCAUGCUGACAUAUUGCCCUAAAUCCUUCACACUGGACCUUUAAAUCGUUCAUUUCUUAUCAAAGUUGUUGCAGAUUUAAAAUUAAAAUUGAUCAGCAAUAAAUAAUUAAAUCUGAUCUGAUUUAGACUCGUCAGGACUUCCAGAAACCUCAAUAAUAAAAUCACACAUUCCAAAGUUUGCAUGAUAUUAAUAAUUCAGGCGCUGCUUCCAUCUGAACUUCCCUGUCCUAGAAAUCAUUGGCUGAAAUAAAAGUAACGGCCCAAACAAAGACACAAGUGAUCAAUCACAGUUUCUAUGUGGGAUUUUUUUUUCUUAACGUCACAUUGUUUUUGUUGUUGUUGCUGCUGGUGUCCAGCAGGUGGCGUCUUCACUGUGACUGCAGGCAGAAUGUGAAUGUGUUGACAGCAGGAGGGCUCGACUCACAGUGGAGAUACACUGCCUAGCCAAAAAAAAAGUCGCCACCUGGAUUUAACUAAGCAAAUAGGUACGAGCCUCCUAUUGGAUAAUUACUGCAUGGGCGAUUAUCUUUCAGCUGGCAACAAGUUAUUUAACCCCAACUGGUGCAAUGAGUUGCUUCUCAUUUCCUAAACAACCAUGUCGAAAGACACAUCCCGUGGUCGUGGAAAAGAUGUUAGUCUGUUUGAGAAGGGUCAAAUCAUUGGCAUGCAUCAAGCAGAGAAAACAUCUAAGGAGAUUGCAGAAACUACUAAAAUUGGGUUAAGAACUGUCCAACGCAUUAUUAAAAACUGGAAGGAUAGUGGGGACCCAUCGUCUUCGAGGAAGAAAUGUGGCCGGAAAAAAAUCCUCAAUGAUCGUGAUCGGCGAUCACUUAAACGUUUGGUGAGAUCAAAUCGAAGAAAAACAACAGUAGAACUCAGGGCUAUGUUUAAUAGUGAAAGUAAGAGCAUUUCCACACGCACAAUGCGAAGGGAACUCAAGGGAUUGGGACUGAACAGCUGUGUAGCCUUAAGAAAACCACUAAUCAGUGAGGCUAACCGGAAAAAAAGGCUUCAAUUUGCUAGGGAGCAUAAAGAUUGGACUCUGGAGCAAUGGAAGAAGGUCAUGUGGUCUGAUGAGUCCAGAUUUACCCUGUUCCAGAGUGAUGGGCGCAUCAGGGUAAGAAGAGAGGCAGAUGAAGUGAUGCACCCAUCAUGCCUAGUGCCUACUGUACAAGCCUGUGGGGGCAGUGUUAUGAUCUGGGGUUGCUGCAGUUGGUCAGGUCUAGGUUCAGCAACAGUAUGUGCUCAAAGAAUGAGGUCAGCUGACUACCUGAAUAUACUGAAUGACCAGGUUAUUCCAUCAAUGGAUUUUUUCUUCCCUGAUGGCACGGGCAUAUUCCAAGAUGACAAUGCCAGGAUUCAUCGGGCUCAAAUUGUGAAAGACUGGUUCAGGGAGCAUGAGACAUCAUUUUCACACAUGGAUUGGCCACCACAGAGUCCAGACCUUAACCCCAUUGAGAAUCUUUGGGAUGUGCUGGAGAAGGCUUUGCGCAGCGGUCAGACUCUACCAUCAUCAAUGCAAGAUCUUGGUGAAAAAUUAAUGCAACACUGGAUGGAAAUAAAUCUUGUGACAUUGCAGAAGCUUAUCGAAACAAUGCCACAGCGAAUGCGUGCCGUAAUCAAAGCUAAAGGCGGUCCAACGAAAUAUUAGAGUGUAUGACCUUUUUUUUUGGUGGUGACUUUUUUUUUGGCCAGGCAGUGUACUUCAUGUUAAAAUGCUGCUAAAUCCGAACCAACUUAAGUCUCUGUGAGUCUGUGAACGCUGCCUCGGAGAGUUUGGCGACUAAAUUAAAAAUAUUAAAGCUGAAAAACAAAAUUUGGCCUCGAACACACGAGUCAGUGGAACCCUCCUGUACAUGGACUGUGUAUUUAAACUGCUGAAGUGUACACACACGUUAUGACAGAAACAUAAACGUGUUCUGUUUGACAGUAAUUUGCUGAAGUAAAACACCACGUCAUGUAACGUCAGGAAAUGUAAAACGAGCUGCACAAUAAAUAUUCUUUAUAUCAAAAUCUGAAUUUGAGUUUUCAAAUGUAAGAGCUGGGAUUUUCAUUAUAACUACCUUAGAUGUAGAAACACAACUCUGUUAAAACAGGCAAAAUGAUAACUGCUUUUUAUUUCUGCAGAUUAAUGUGUUGUUUGGGAGUUAGCAGUUAGCCACGUGCUCAUUCUGUAGUUUACUGUGAGUAAGACUCAGAGACGAGCAUUUGAAAUGAUUUAUCUUCAUUCAGAGCCUCACGUGUCUCAGUUUGUAAAAUGCUUUUUUAAGUGGAGUCGUGUUCCUAAAAUCUUUCCAACAGAGUUCGACAGCAACAACAUUAAUAAUCAGAAUGGCCACAAUAAUGGAAAUCUUUUGUCAUCUUGGGAACACAGGGUCAUUAUUUUGUUAUCGAGAUUUCACAGCUUGUUUUCUCAUGAGUACGUGUUUAGUUGUGUCGAUUCUUGAGAAAGCAAAAGGCAGAUUUCUCAAGAUGACUAAAUCAUUGAUUAGUGUGAUUAAAGGUAACGACGGCUCACUUGAGCGUAGCAUAACUGCUGUGUGAGCUUAAACAAAAGCAGUUUUCUCGUGAUAAAUUAUUUCGCUAUCUUGAGAAAUCGGCCAUUUGUUUUCUCAGGAAAUAACAUAUAUUAACCCGAUAUCACGAGAAACUAAAUAAUUAAUUUGUGAACCUGAGAUAACAGUAAAAAGUAAAACCAAUUUCGUAAGCACGACUGUUCUUUGCUUCUCUAUAUAACACCUAUGGUUGCAACGGUUUAUCGGCUUCAAGGUAUCCCAUCAUGUUAUAAUUGACAAUUAUCGUACCGUUUACAUUUGCUUCUCGACAAUAUUCAGGGAAAAAAAGCACCUGGACGAAAAUCUCAAUUUUAUUUUAGUUAUUUUUUAAACGGAGAUUUUGUACACAAACUCUCAAAUGUCAAAUAUAGUAAUAAAAUGUUUGCUUAACCAAAAAUAACCUUCCAUCACCACCUUCCUUUAAGGGUCAUUCUGGCUGAUAGUAAUAAUUAUAAUUCUGUGAUACCAUGAAAUCACGAUAUUUUUCUCAUACCGUAAAAAUCUCAUACCGUUCCAACCCUAAGAAUAACCCUGGCAAAUGUUGUUUUUGCUGAGCUGCAGUGGUUUUACUGUCUGUGACCAAAAGGAUGUGUUCAGUCAGACAACAGAAACUCAUGUUUCAUCACCACAUUUAGUUCAAUGUUACACCAACAACCUGUUGACAGAUAGGUUUAUAAUCUGUGAUUGGUAACUGUAAUGUGACCUUUAAGAAAACAGGUCAGAAAAUAUUCACCUGAAACUUCUCUAAACAUCAUCUCUCAUUUCCAAGUAGAAAACAGUUUGUUUGGGAAGAGUUGGACGUAUUGAGUUGAAGCACUACACACACACACACACACACAGACACUCUGCCUUCAGCUUCACUGGUGAGUUCAGUUUCUGAAACACAACCAGCAAGAAUUGUGCACCAGGUCAGAACAAACAAAAGACUUCUUUUGAUCUUGAAAUUACCAAAAUAAUGAGCAAUUUUCUGAUUCCUUGGGGAGAAAAAAAGAGGAAGAGUCAAUGAGCGCCGCUCCAGGAAACACUUUGGGUUUCUUUAGACGGGAACAUGUGACUGCUGUUUCUUGUAGCCUACCUGCAACUAAAAGUCUCUGGAUCCAAGCAAAUGUAAAUGUUUUUACAGUGCUGCACUUAAUUUGAGGAUAAACUCAACACCUGAUGCAACAGAUGAGUUCUGACUAUGACACGACUAACUCAGGUUUAAAGAAAAGCUGCUGCAGUCAUGUCACCUGCAGGUAAAUAAUCUGUAUGACACUGCUUAAUAUUUGGCCACUGUAUUUCCUGUUGACCUUUGACCCCUCAAAGAGCUGAGUGUGUUUAGUCCUGCUUUUUGUCUCUCUUUUUUUUAAAAUUGUAAAUCAUUUGAAUGUAAAACUCUAAUUUAUUUACAAUAUUUCUGUAUCAAAAGCUACAAAGAUGCUACAUUCUUUGAGUUUAAUGGCAAAACUUCUCCACACAAGCUGCACUGCUUACGUCUGUCCAUCAGAGUCUGUUCCAGCAGAGUGAGGACUCUUUGUUCCUCGUUCACUUUAAAGUUCAGGAAGGAGAAGUAAGUCUUAAAAAAAUGGAAAUAGCCCUUAAUGUCCACUGCAGAGAGAGCAGAAACUCGUCUGAACAGCAGGAAGAAGAAAAGAAUCUGAGAAGUCCCAUUGUCUCCUGUGGUGAGUAAAAAACGUCCUUUGGCUGCCUGCUCCACGUUUUUUCUUUUACUUUCCUUCCGUCUCCCUUGGAGGGCCCUGAUUGGUCCCUUCUUUACGUACAAUGGUGGAGGAGAGAUGAGACGAGCAGAGAGGCUGAGAAGACAGAGAGGGACAGGGAGAUGGCCGACGCUCCGCCGCAGUCCUUUGCAUCUUCCUGUUGUGAACACUUCACCCACUCUCCCUGGGCAACACCUCUGAACCACCCAACUGUGUUUGUGCCCCCAUCUUCCACGUCUCUGGCUGAUCCCUCCCCUUUCCGAUGUGAAUUGUUCUGCCAAUCACAAGCCAUCUGGAUCCAUCACCCCAGCUGAUAAAAGCUGCUUUGUAGUUAUGCCAGAGCGGCUGUGAUGGACCCUGAACAAUCUGCCCCUGUGUCUCUCUGUGCAAUGUUAAUUUGUCUAUGCUAACUGUCUAUAGGAAUUUCAGUGUGUAACUCAUGUUAACUAGUAUGAGGCACUGAAUUGGGGUUUUGUGAUCUGGGCAGUUGGCUUAUUGUGUUUGCUUUUCUUUCUUAUUCUGCAUUGCUUUCUGCAUCACACACAGGUAUUUUCCUGACUGUACAGAGUCAGUGGAGUUUUUUCAAAGAUUAGGGAGUUUGGUCUGUUCAGUUUGUUUUGAUUUGGUGCCACACACUGACCUUCCCUUUGUCCUCGCCUCAUUUGACUCCUCUGUUGAGCAUUUUGUAUUUAAGUGUUAACCAGAAAGCCUUCAUUUGUGUAACUUUAAUUUUACUGGUUCAAUAAACAGCAGUGUUUGCCUGACGA